AUGAGGGUCCCACUGAUUGGCUGCCCCGGAGGAGGCUGCCCAGACGCCCCGCCUCCGACCCUGCGGGACGCCCCCAUUGGCUGGCGGCCGGCGUCUCCCUCGCGGCGGGAGAUUUGCGGAGCCCGCGGCCGCGGGGCGAGCGCCAUGGAGCGACUGCGGGACGUGCGGGAGCGGCUGCAGGCUUGGGAGAGCGCGUUCCGGCGGCGGCGCGGGAGGCGGCCGGGCCAGGAGGACGUGGCGGCGGCGCCUGAGGAUACCCGGGCGCUCUACCGGGAGUACCGCGCCCUGAAGGAGGCCCUGAAGGAGGCAGAAGGGGUCGGACCCCGCGGCCCCAAGCAAUCGCUUUCCGUGCAGGCAGAGGAGGUGCCAGAACCCAGCUGCUGGGGGCCCCACUUGAAUCGGGCUGCGACCCACAGUCCACAUCCUCCUCUUUCUGGGCCAAGCCGGCCAGGGUCUGUGCGGGACUACGGGGAGAGGCUUAAGGCCAACCUCAAGGGCACCCUGCAGGCUGGGCCAGCCCUGAGCCGCAUACCCCGGACUCCACGAAGACCCUCGUCCGAGAUGCCCACCCCAAGGCCACCAGGUGCAGGGGCUGCCCUCAUCUCUCCAGAAGAAGUCAGUGAGGUGCCCUUGCAGCCUGCUGGGCCCCAGCUGAGGCCGGGCUGCCUCCAGCAGCUACAGGCAUCCUUGAGCCUGCGACUGGGCUCCCUAGACCCUGGCUGGCUGGAGCGGUGUCACAACGGGGCCCCAGAUUUUCUGGGGGCUUCCAAGGCCUGCCAGCCUAACUUGGGUGUAGAGCAGUCACAGUCUCUGACUUCAUGUGUCCCAUCUGUCCCUGGUCCCAGCACUAGCCCUGAGGCUCAAGCCCUACAGACAGCUGGAGUCAGUGCAGGGAGCCCCCAACCUGGCGACAGUCAAGGCAAGAGGUGGACACGGAAUAGGGAGCCAGAGGGGAGCCCUGCACAGGCCCAGCAAGACGGCCAAAUAGGACCCCUGCCUGAGGAAGCUGGGACUGCAGAACAUGCAGAAGACCCUUCGGGAAAACCCCUGUGGGCACAGCGCCCCAGUGGCGCCACAGCCUCCAGGUACCACAGCUUCAGCCCCAGUAGGGUCACCUUAAGUCGAGCCAGGUUGGGGCAGGCUUGGGGCAUGGCCCACUUGUACAUCCCUUCUAGAGUAGCUGUGCGGAACGGAGGUAAUUACGUGCGGCUCAACAUGAAGCAGAAACGCUACGUGCGGGGCCCGGCUCUCCGUGGAAGGCUCCUCCGCAAGCAGAUGUGGAAGCAGAAGUGGCAGAAGAAAGGGGAGCAUUUUGUAGGUGGUCGGCCCAGAGCCACACUCAAGAAUUCUUGCUUCCGGUGUGGGCAGCUAGGCCACUGGUCAUCCCAGUGCCCCCAACCAGAGCAUACCCCAGCCCCCCAGAAGAAAGGUGGUGAGAAUGAAGACGACACACAGACCCUGCUCACUUUGGAGGAAGUAGUCCAGAGGACAGGCAGUGCCAGCUGCCGAUUCCCUGUGAGUGAGAAAGAUCCAGAGCCUGCUGGGCCUGAGCUGUUGGUCACCGUGGAACAGCCCGUGCCCCGGGUGCCCUGCCUGCCCCCUACCGUGCCACCACUUUACCCACCAGGGCCCUCUGGGCAAGUGGCAGAGACGCCAGCUGAGGUAUUCCAGGCCCUGGAGCAGCUAGGGCACCGUGCCUUCCGCCCCGGACAGGAGCAUGCGGUCAUGCAGAUCCUCUCUGGCAUAUCCACGCUGCUGGUGUUGCCCACCGGUGCUGGCAAGUCCUUGUGCUACCAGCUCCCCGCGCUGCUUUAUGCCCGGCGGAGCCCCUCCCUCACACUGGUCAUCUCUCCCCUCCUGUCUCUCAUGGACGACCAGGUGUCUGGCCUGCCCCCAUGCCUGAAGGCAGCCUGCAUCCAUUCAGGCAUGACCAGGAAGGAGCGGGACUCUGCCCUGAAGAAGGUUCAGGCGGCCCAGGUGCACGUUCUGAUGCUGUCACCCGAGGCACUGGUUGGGGCUGCGGCAGGGACCCCUGGCUCCCUCCCUCAGCUGCCUCCCGUUGCCUUUGCCUGUGUCGACGAGGCCCACUGCCUGUCCCAGUGGUCCCACAACUUCCGGCCCUGCUACCUGCGUGUCUGUAAGGUGAGCCUCCUUUGGGGUGCGAGCGAAGGGGCAAGGGAGGGUGGGUGGGGCACCUUCACUGGCUCCUCUCCCACACAGGUGCUGCGGGAACACAUGGGUGUCCGCUGCUUUCUGGGUCUUACGGCCACGGCUACGCACAGCACCUCAAGAGACAUGGCUCAGCAUCUAGGCGUGGCUGAGGAGCAUGUCCUCAGAGGGCCAGUCACCAUCCCCACCAACCUGUACCUCUCUGUGUCCACGGACAGGAACCCAGACCAGGCUUUGGUGACACUGCUGCAGAGUGAUCGUUUUCGCGACCUGAACUCUGUCAUCGUCUACUGCAACAGACGCGAAGACACGGAGCGCAUUGCUGCGCUGCUCCGCACCUGCCUGUGCCAGGCCCCGGAAGCUGUGGCCGAAGCCUACCACGCCGGCAUGUGUGCCCGGGAGCGGCGGCGGGUGCAGCAGGCCUUCAUGGAGGGCCGGCUGCGGGUGGUGGUGGCCACAGUGGCCUUCGGGAUGGGGCUGGACCGGCCAGACGUGCGGGCCGUGCUGCACCUGGGGCUGCCCCCCAGCUUUGAGAGCUACGUGCAGGCUGUGGGCCGGGCUGGACGGGACGGCCAGCCCGCACACUGCCACCUCUUUCUACAGCCCCAGGGUCAGGACCUGCAGGAGUUGCGUAGACACGUGCAUGCCGAGGCCUCCGACUUCCUUGCCGUGAAGAAGCUGGUACAGUGCUCGUUCCCACCCUGCACCUGCACCCAUGCCCAACAGCCCCCAGAGCAGGAGGGAGCCAAGAGCCAAGAGAGGCCUGUGACCGUGUCCCCGAGCAAGGCCGAGCAAGCCAGCAACAAAGGCCUAGCCCAGUGCCUGGGUCAUGAGCGGGCACUCCCAGUGCAGCCGCUGGUGCAGGCCCUGGACAUGCCUGAGGAGGCCAUUGAGACCCUGCUGUGCUACCUGGAGCUACACCCACGGCGCUGGCUGGAGCUGCUGGCACCCACCUAUGCCUACUGCCACCUGCGCUGCCCUGGGGGCCUCCCCCAGCUCCAGGCCCUGGCCCGCAGGUGUCCUCCACUGGCGGUCUGGUUAGCCCAGCAGCCACAGGAAAACAUAGGCGAAGGAAGCUAUUCCGUAGAGUUUGACGUGGUUAAGUUGGCCGACUCGAUGGGCUGGAAGCUCGCCCCUGCAAAGCAGGCUCUCCGUCAACUGCAGUGGUACCCAGAGCCCAGGACAGGUGCAUAUCGGGACACAGGGGUGCUGGUGGAGUUCCGGGAGCUCGCCUUCUGUCUGCACAGCCCCGGAGACCUGACAGCCCACGAGAAGGACCAGAUCUGUGACUUCCUAUAUGAACGUGUACAAACCCGUGAGCAGGAGGCCCUGGCACGCCUGCGACGCACCUUCCAGGCCUUUCACAGUGUAGCCUUCCCCAGCUGCGGGCCCUGCUUGGAGCAGCCUGAUGAGGAGCACAGUGCCAGGCUCAAGGCUCUGCUCAGCGGCUACUUCGAGGAAGAGGGGCCAGGAGGCAUGGAAGACGAGCAGGGCCCAGAGCCAGGACAGGCCAGGAUCCAGGACUGGGAGGACCAGAUACGCCAGGACAUCCGCCAUCUCCUGUCCUCGUGGCCAGACCAGCAGUUCUCGGGCAGGGCUGUGGCCCGUAUCUUCCAUGGCAUCGGAAGCCCCUGCUAUCCAGCCCAGGUGUAUGGGCGGGACCGGCGUUUCUGGAGAAAACACCUGCAUCUGAGCUUCCGUGCCCUGAUGCGUUUAGCUACAGAGGAGAUCCUGCUGUGGGGCCACUGACCACCCUGCCGCAGGCCAGCCCUGCUCCCCCAUGUCACACACAGGGGGCUGUGUGGCCACCGUGCCGAGGGAGCCAGGUGUGGCAGUUUAUCAGGGAAAAGAGAAGGGACAUUUGUGGCCAAGACAGUGACCGACUACCUGGGCAAAGC